GACCGAUACAGACGUGUUCAACGUAAAAAGUAGAAAGAUGCCUCGCAAAGGUGGAAAUUUGGAAAUUUUCGUGCAACAAAACCGCGAAGAAAACGUUUCCAAGGAAAUCAGCAUACAUUAGAAGAGGAAACUGAAGCAACGUCGUCUGCUGCAAAAAACUGAAAUCUACGGAUUGUGAUUUUUUUAUAAAUCAAACUCAUGGCUACAGAUUCAUCGAAAUCUUUACCGUUUACAGCGCUCUUUCACAAAUGUUAAUUUGUAAAGAAUGUAAAAAAGAUAUAAAUUUAGCUGAAACGGGAAAUCGUGGAUUGGGUUUCAAAAUUGUCAUUACAUGCUCAUGUGGUAUAAGAAAAAUUGACUCAGGUCCUUUUGUAAAUAAUGCCUAUGAAAUCAAUCGAAGAAUAGUAUUUGUUAUGAGACUGUUGGGAAUUUGUAGAGAAGGUAUUAAUAUUUUCUGUGGUCUCAUGGAUAUAUGUUGGAAAGGAUUGAAUGUUUCUGUGUAUUACGGCUGCUGUAGAAAAUAUUCACACUGCAGCAAAUGCAGUUUUCCAUGCGUUAUGUCGCAAAGCAGCAGAAGAAGAAAAGGAAUUAAUUUCACAGAAAGAAAAUCCAGCUGUAAAUUUCACAGUUUCUGGUGAUGGAACGUGGAAAAAGCGUGGUUUUUCGUCAUUAUUUGGUGUGACAACGCUUAUAGGACUAAACACUGGAAAAAUAAUUGACCUUAUUGUAAAAAGCAGUUACUGCCAAUCUUGCACAUUUUGGAAAAAUAAAAAGAAUACUCCGGAAUAUUUUGAAUGGCUCGAGACUCAUGAAGAAACAUGCACCAUUAAUCAUUCUGAAUUAGCUGGAAAAAUGGAGGUGGAUUCAAUGCAAGAAAUGUUUUUAAGAUCUGAAGAAAAAUUUGGUGUAAAAUAUGUUAAUUAUGUCGGUGAUGGUGAUUCGAAAACUUUUAGAGCACUUCUGGAUUUACAACCUUAUGGCCAAGAUGUAAUAUUAAAAAAAAGUGAAUGUGUCGGACACGUAGAAAAACGAAUGGGUACUCGAUUGAGAAAUAUUAAAAAGUAGCGAAACUUGGAGAAAAAGGAAAAUUGACAGACGCACUUAUAAAAAAAUUAACAAAAUAUUAUGGAUUGGCGAUAAGAAGGCAUUCAGAUUCCGUAAGUGAUAUGAAGAAAGCCAUAAUGACUACUUAUUAUCAUAUGUGUUCGACAGAAGAAAAUCCGCAACAUCAAUAUUGUCCACUGGGAGCUGAAAGCUGGUGUAAGUGGCGAGUUGCAGAAGCGACUGGAAAACUUGACGAGUUUGAGCAUCAGCCUGCUUUUCAUAAAAGUGUUCAAGAUCAUCUGUUGUCAAUUUAUGAAGAUCUGUCCAAAGAUGAAUUAUUACAAAGAUGUUUAGGUGGAUACACUCAAAAUUGUAACGAAAGUUUUAACGCAUGCAUUUGGCGUCUAGCUCCGAAACAUCUCCACUGUGGUUCAAAGACUAUAGAAAUUGCUGCUUAUCUGGCUACCGCAAUAUUUAAUGAAGGUUAUUUUCCGAUAUUAAAAAUGAUGGAAACAAUGGGCAUUAUUAUUGGACAACAGAGCAAAACAUUUGCCGAAGAUCAUAAUGACAAACGACUAUUGAAUGCACACCGGCGUAGCUUAGAAAGCACUAAAGAGGCUCGUACAGCCAGAAGAAUGGAGAAAACAGUAUUACAAGACUUUUUAGAAGAAGAAGAAGGUUUAAUGUAUGGGGCCGGAAUAGCAGAAUAAACGUUCAAGUCGAUUUUUCAGCGAUAACCGAGAAGAACAUUACAACGCCCGCCAAUGGACGGGAAAUUUCAGAGAGGGGUCCAGAUUAUAUAUUAUAUAUUGAAAUUAAA